CAUCAACCCAUUUCUUUUUUUCUUCUCUACCCAUGUGCCUCUCUCUUUCUUCUCUACUCUGUGUUUUUCCAUCAUCUUCAUUCCUUAGUUAAACCAACCAGGUAUAGAUGGAAAUAAGCAAAAGGAAAGAGAGAUUACUACAGGCUUGCUAUCAAUGUGUACGGAAAUUAAAAAUUUUUCAGAUGUUUCCUUCUCAAUUACAUUAUCCUCUAGACAUUUCAACGGUAGGUACAGAGAUGAGUGAAUUAUACAAUGGUCUGUUUAAUUACCCUCCUCAAAAGUCUCUAUCACACCAAUAUAUGCAAAGGAGUGUUUUCAGUUGCAUAAUUUCUGAUUGCUGUGAGUUCUGCCAAACUAAGUCUCAAAACUACGAAAUUGGUGUGUUUAGCUUGCAUGCCAGGAAAUUGGUUUCGGUUUCUCCAGUUCGGAUAGAGGUUUCGAAAAAACUAUUUGCUUUAAAGAAAAGCUUAUAAGUGCAUUAGCAAUGAGCCAUAUUAGUGACACAGAGCCUAUUGAUGAAGGUCAACAAUGUGGAAAUGUUCAAAAGAGAUGUUUUGAUAAUAUGUCUAAGCAGGAACGUAGAAACCUACGCCGUAGGUUAGCUGCUAAUACUUUAGCGGUUGAAAAAGAAAAGAAGACUUCUCAAACCAAAUCGCAUUGUAGUGUUCCUAUUAGAUCAGAAUGGUGAGAAGAUUGUUGAUAUCUGAUGUAUCUCCUGGAGAACAAGAUUGGUCUUGUAAGGUAUGUGUUGUAAACAAAUUGGAUGCCCAAGAAUCCAAAACCACGCCGGGUAAUAAAUACAGACCAAUUAUUCUUCAAGAUGAAGCCGGCUACAAAGUUCAGGCAAUGACGUAUGCAAAUGAAAUUGACAUCCUUGAUAAUAAGUUAAGUUUGAAUGCAACAUACAUUAUCACGGAUACAAUUGUAUCAAUUCCUAGAGGAAAGCUUGUGCUUCCGGAUGAAAGAUACAACUACCUCUGGACUUUAACUAGAAAAUGUACUGUAGCUGAUGUUCCUGAUGAUGAUGGACUCCAAGUUAUGCAAGAACCAAAAAUAGAUGAGAUUUCAUUUUCUCAUUUUCACAAGUACAUUAAUACAGAACAAAAAAUCAGUGCUAUGGCUGUUGUUAUACACAAGCUGCCAAGGAAGCAUAUUGAUUCGAAAAAUAGAAAAAUUGAUGCUGCAGAUAUCGUGUUGGUGGAUGAACAGGCGAAACCAGUGAUUUUUACUCUUUGGGGAAAAUAUGCAAAAGGAGAAAGAAUAGAGUUAGAGAAACAACUUGCAGCAGGUAAUUUUCCUGUAAUUUUCGCAAAGAAGAUUGAUGUGACAAACUACAAUGGUCUCUCCUUGACAACCCAAUAUGGUUCUGUAAUUGACUUUGAUAUUGCAACACCUAAAGCAGAACAACUUGGUCAAUGGGCAUUAUCAAAUUCUGUCACGUUGCAUUCACUUAUUUUGACCAAUGCAUUCAAUGAUGCAUAUCUAAAGCUUGCUGAUUUGUCAAAGGAACCAUUUGUCACCAUUUCAAAUGUUAAGAGUUCAAGUAUCGAGGGGAAGAGAUAUUGCAUCUAUGCAAGUAUAAAAAUUUCAACAAAGGUGAAGAACUUCUAUUACAUUGCAUGUGAUGGUUGUUGGAAAGGAACUGCACAUAGUUUGGGUGAUGAAUUUGAGUGUUCACAUUGUGGAACACUCAAAAGUAAUUGCAAAACCAAGGUGUAUGAUGAGCAUUGAACUUACCGAAACCAAUGAUUCACUUGAGUCUACACUCUUUGGAAACAUUGUAGAGGAGUUACUUUCACUCUCUGCCACCAAAUUGGUAGACAUGGACAAGAAGAAUGAGACUGUUGAUCUACAAAAUAUUAAAGAGAAGUUGAGCAAGAAAACUUUCAAAGUAGAACUCCUAUGCAGAAAACAAAAUUUUAGGGGAAGUGAGCAAAUUAAGUAUUAUGUUAUAUCUCUACUGGAAUAAAAGUCAAUCACCACUGCUAAAAGGCUCAAGAGAAAAUUGAUCUAGAUGACACUGAUGAAGACUCAAUUUCAAAUCAGCCUUCAAAUGUUUUUGCAUAUUUAGAAGAUGACAUUACUAAUGAAAAAUCCAAGUUGCUCAAGCUUGGAUAAUUCUCUGACUUAACAUAUAUCUAUUUUGAACUUUAGCUGUAUGGCAAACAAUGGCCAAAUAUCUAUAUCAUAUUUUUGCACUUUUG